CCAAGGGCAGACGGAGCUCCGGCAGCAGCCUCCGAGCCGCUGCGCACAUCUCCGCCCCACAUCGGCUCCUCUCCUCGUGCGCCGUCGUCAACUGAACAUCCCGGUUACUGGGAGCGACGACGCCGGUUCACCUUGUGUUCAAAUCUGCACCGUCAUGACCGGGAAGGCCCCGGAGCCAGAUGCUGUGGUGGGACGAGAGGGAUGAGUGCAGCUGAACGUGGUUAAAAUCACUUCCUGAUUAACCCUCUACCGACCGGCAGGAGGAACUGCGCGGCGGGCUGGAGGAAGAGGAGGAGGAGGAGGAGGAGGUGGAGGCUGGGGAGAAAAACUGACACGUGGAUUACUCCUCCUCGGGCAUCAGGACAAAUAGACUGCCUCCUCUCGCUUCAGGUCCGUACGCGGCGAUCAUCGCUUGUCCUCCUGUCAAGUCCUCAUUUCCAGGUUUAUGGGACCGAAACGUCGAAAACCUACGAUGUGAUUGCGCGAAUACUUUACGAGAAGAUUUGUUAGUUUUUUUCUCCCUCUCUCUCUCUCUGUCUCUCUUCUCUCGUUCACUUCUGUUCGACCGUUAUAAGAAAGUAAGUAAAAUAGCGGUUGAAGAGAGGCUGCCGUCCGUCACCUCGCGUUGAAUGGCAGUUAUUCAAAAAUAUGGCAAGAACUAUAGUCCAGAUUUGGUCUGUCACAAGGAAAACCAUCCGUUGGACAAGAUCGGAGUCGCUGGAUGUCACAAGAAGUGGCCUGAACACAACAGCAACUGGCCGAGGCCGGUGGCGAGGGUAUGGAUGGUGGUGCUGUUGCUCGGGACAUGCCUCCUCUACUGUGCCAGGGUGGCGAUGCCCAUCUGUGCCGUCAGCAUGGCCGAGCAGUUCAGCUGGAGCAAGAGGGAGUCCGGCAUGGUGCUGGGCAGCUUCUUCUGGGGCUACUGCUUCACCCAAGUCUUCGGAGGCUACGUCAGUGACCGGGUGGGAGGUGAGAAGGUCCUCCUGCUGUCAGCUGCAGCCUGGGGGUCAAUGACAGCCUUCACACCCCUCCUGGCCCACUUCUGCUCCCAGCCCAUCCUCUCCAUGACACUCGCCCGCUUCCUCAUGGGCCUGUUGCAAGGAGUUCAUUACCCUUCCCUGGCCAGCCUGUGCUCUCAAAAGGUGGUGGAAAGUGAACGGGGCUUCCUCAUGAGCACUGUGGGUAGUGGCUCCUACCUGGGCACUCUGGUGAUUGGAGGAGCUGGCUCCCUCAUGCUGGACGUGUACGGCUGGGAGAGUGUUUUCUACGUUUCCGGUCUCCUCUCAGUCCUGUGGGCCUACUGCAUGUGGAAAUAUCUACUCAAAGGAGAAGGGCCUAUAAUCACCCUGGAGUCACUGGGCAGCGGUGGGGCCCAGUCCAAACUGUCCAAAAGACAUUGGUUACGGCUCCUCAAACAACCUGCAGUCUGUGCUGUGAUAGUGACGCACCUUUGCACAGCGAGCACCUUCUUCACUCUUCUGUCGUGGCUGCCAACAUUCUUUAAAGACACCUACCCUGAUGCUAAGGGCUGGGUGUUCAAUGUCAUUCCUUGGUUGGUGGCCAUACCCUCGUCCCUGUUCAGCGGCUGCCUGUCAGACCACCUCAUCACUCAAGGCUUCGAUACAGCCUCAGUGAGGAAGUUGAUGCAGUUUUUCUCCAUGGGUGUGUCCAGUGUGUUUACCCUUCUUCUGUGUGGCAACACCACCUUCCCCUGGACUGUAGCAUUUGUGUCUGCCACUAUGGGUCUCACCACCUUCAGUCACAGUGGUGUCUCUGUAAAUGUUCAAGAUCUUGCUCCUUCUUGUGCCGGAGCUUUAUUCGGUGUUAUGAACACAUGUGGCGCUUUCUCAGGGGUCCUUAUGGUGUAUUUCUCGGGGUAUCUCAUCGAGGCAACAGGCUCAUGGGCGUCUGUGUUUGCCCUUAUCACCACAGUCAACCUGCUGGGCCUCUGCACCUUCCUGGGCUUCGCUGAGGCCCGCCGGGUCGACAUUGACUCUAGUAAAGUCCGCCACCACAACAUCCACAUCUAAAUCAUCAGUCAUCAGAUGGACCAGAAUGCUUUUCCCCAAGGGAGACAUGACCUUGGGCAACCAGCAGCUAGGACAUAUCCACAGUGGAGUGCUAUCCAGUGCAUAACAAGCGGUACCAGGAUAAAACCUGCAGACAACAUCUGGGAAAAGUAUGAUUCUCUCUGUGUCCGAUUGAGGAAGUACUGCAACAGCUAUUGAAAAGCACACAGCGGAGCCAGCACAGUGAAAGGUCUUGUGGAGCUGCGGCCUUAAAUCCUAGAAGAACACAGAUGUGCUAGACAAUGCUCUGUUAGUUCAGGAAGAAUGUGGAAGGAUAGCUGGAGAGAAAAAAAGUCCACACUACCUCCUGGUCCCAGCUUGUGAAACAUGUGAGCAUAUACUCAUCAGCUGUUACAGACUGUGUUACUUAGGACUAGAAAAGUCACAGAGAUUGUUAGAAAGCCAUAGCUCACUGUUUCAGUGCGUGUGUGUGUGUGUGUGUGUGUUGAAGGAGACGUGAGAGUGAUGGAUGUGUUCGUCUCAGGAGCUCUCUGACAGCUGUGACAGACCAAGGUGGUGUGUUCUUACCCUGCGGGGAUGGGGGAGGCGGUGUGGGUGAUGCAGUGAGAGUCCAGCCUCUCAUACCUGGAGUCUUUUAUUAGUACGCCCCACUCACCCAUCACUGAGAGAACUGUCUGAGUGACACCUCAUUACCCAGGCACUAAUUACUUGGCAGGCACUCUAAUGUCCUGUACAAUUUACCUUCUGUGGUCCCUGUCUCCAUGGUUACAAGCUCAUCUUAUCAUUUCGGAAGCGGGGGGGGGGUCACAAAGCUUUAUGGCAGCGAGGCUUCAACGAAGUGCGCUCUCACUCAUUGUUGUCUCAAAGAAUAUGUUUUUGAGUUGGAAGACCAAAGGUUAUUAAGUAAAUUAACUGUAUUUUCUUUCUAUGUGAUUGCAUGUCAUAGAAAUACCUCACAUGAUUGUUUUUGAUUGCCUUUAUAUUUAUAUGGCUUAAUGAGUUUCAAAAGCUUCUUUUUUUUGUUAGAGAAAAGAAAUAUAUUCGGUAGGGUGACAGAAAAUCAGAUCAGUGUGAUGCAGUAUGGGAAAUGCUAAUAAUUAUGUUGGAGAGAAACUUGACAUCAUCUCAGUGAAAACUUUGCAGGCAACUUUUUGUGUAGAGGGAUCCGUCCUUAUUAUCGUACCUUUGUUGCCUCGGCACUAAAAAGAAAGUGAUGUCAGUAUUUGGAGAUCACCAUGCUCUUGUCACGGUGGUAAUGGAGGUUGUGUCUCCCCCCUGGCUCAUUAAGGCUGCCUCCAUGUUACACACUGACAUGAUGAAUGUUGCCGGACGGGCGAGAGGAUUAAAAAUAAUGUCUUGUAUUCAGUACUGUUAAAGAACUAGAGGUGGUGUGAUGAUACUAAUGCAAAAGUUUCCAGCUGCGUAGUUCUGGCUGAAUGUCGAAGUGAUUGUAGCAUUUAGCUUUGGGUGUUCAGAGCACAGUUUUAUAAAUUUUGUUUCACAUUUGGAAGAUGUAAUAUUCAGUCUAGAUGCUUACUUGACAUGUGUACCUUUUUUAAAUCUAUGCAUUUAUUAUUUUGUGCCUGAUUUGAGCAAUGAAAGAGCUGCGAGAUAUGCUCAUUGUGGUAGCACGGUGUUAAUUAUUGAUCAUAUUUGCCUUCUUUCUAAGAUUUUCAUUGCUUCUGUGUCACUUGUUAAUAUUUACACACAAUGGCACAUAGGCUUAUGGCUUCCUGGAUGAUUUUUGUAGAAACGGGGAAGUGUACACUUUUGUGGGACAGAUUUGAUUUCUGAAAUGCCCAUUUCAUCUCGGACAUUAUCAGUUAUUACCAAAAUGUUGUAAUAGGAAAGUAAUUAGAUUUAUUUAAAUGUUUGCUUGCUGUCUGUCAGAGUAAAGAUAUAAUUAUUCUGUGUAACAUUAUCAGAUUAUUUUUGUGUGACACAUAAACCUAUCGUCUGGCUACAGAGAAUAGUUUGAGAGCUGACCUGAAAUCUGAUAUCACAAAUUGUAUUUAUUUGCAGAAGAUCACUGUAAAAAAUGAUCAACCUUCUAUUUUUUUCUCUGCCUUUUUUUUUUUUUUUUUUUUUGGACAAACCAGGUCCACACAUUCCUGAAAUGCUUGCCCUGCAGCAGAUGUGCAUUAUUUACAACUGCUCCCAUCUGUUGUCUCGUUUCUUUUUUCUGUCAUUAAGUUGACAUCGGAACACAUAAUAUAUAUGAUAUUAUCUGAUAAAUAGAUGCAGUUCUGUUCACCAACAUAUUUUACUGUGGGUUUGUGAAAGCCUUCUGACAAACAGUCUUUUGAUAACCUGUAAGAUAUGUAAGAUUAAAAAAAAACAUAAAUGCAAGAAAAUGCAGUAUUCUAAUGCAUUUAAGAUAUGUUGUAUUUAAAAGCUGUUAACUUUGAAUAAAAUUAUAUUUUGUCAACACAG